AUGGAAAAAUUACGGGCAGCAGGUGUUUGUUUGGAAGGAAAAGCCUUAAAUUGGUAUUAUUGGAUGGAAUCUCGACAACAAAUGUCAACUUGGGAAGACUUCAAAAGAGAGUUGUUGAACCGAUUUCAUGAUACUCAAAAGAUCAACCAAUUUGCUGUCGUAAUGGGGCCGAGGCAGAUUACCACAGUCGCUGCGUUUCAUGAAGAAUUUGAAAAGGUGUCAGUAUCUAUGACUGAGCCAUCUGACGAAAUGUUAUCAGGAGCAUUUCUGAAUGGAUUGAAAGAGGAAAUUCGAGCAGAAGUGAUGCUGUUACGGGCUCAAACAUUGAAGGAGAUAAUGGAGAUGGCUCAAAAGGUGGAGGAUCGAAAAUUCUGUUUUGCAGGAAGUUCAUGCAAUAAAUCAGUUGGGUUUAGACCUAAUUAUCCCCGAGUUGCAAACAUACUUGAAACACGUGACUCAAGAACUGGAUCAGCAGGUAGUAGCACUGAUUCACCAGUGCAUACUGCGGCAAAAUUAGAGGGACAAUUCAGAAGGUUGUUCGAUUCGGAAUUUGCUCGAAAAAGACAACAAGGGUUAUGUUUCAGAUGUGAUGAAAAAUUUGGCCCCAAUCAUCGUUGUAAAAAUAGGCAGCUUAACCUAUUAAUUAUUUUGGAGUCACCUAAUAUAGAUGAAGGUGAUGUGGACAAAUUCUUUGAGUCUACCGGAGAAGAUGCAGUUGAAAGGGAAUCUAAGAGUACUACGAGAGUGUAG